AUGUCCUUCUCCAGCCAGCUCAGCUCCCGCUGCUCCGCACCCUGCGCCGUGUCCUGCCCCCAGCCCUGCGCGGACACCUGGAACCAGCCCUGUGUCACCUCCUGCGGGGACUCGCGGGCUGUCAUCCAGCCCCCGCCCGUGGUCAUCACCUUCCCGGGGCCCAUCCUCAGCUCCUGCCCGCAGGAGAGCAUCGUGGGCUCGGCAUUCCCGGCGGGAAUGGGAAUGGAGCGCCCCGCGGGCCUGCUGGGCUCCUCGGUCUAUGGAGGGUUCUUCUCCUCCUCCAGGAAUGCCUGGAGCCAACGCUCGGGGGGCUGCGGGCCCUGCUGA